UAUUUUCAUAGGGAUUCGUUGAUAGAGAGACAACACUUAUCGGAUCCUUGACUGUUCGUGAGUUCCUUUACUACUCCGCAUUGCUUCAGCUUCCUGGAUUCUUUUUCCAAAAGAGAAGUGUGGUGGAGGAUGCCAUCCUUUCUAUGUCACUGGGGGAUUAUGCCAACAAACUCAUAGGCGGUCACUGUUACAUGAAGGGUCUUCCUACGGGUGAGAGAAGAAGGGUCAGCAUUGCCAGGGAACUUGUGAUGAGACCACAUGUCUUAUUUAUUGACGAGCCUCUUUAUCAUCUUGACAGUGUCUCUGCACUCCUGAUGAUGGUUACCUUGAAGAAAUUGGCAAGCACCGGAUGCACUCUGAUAUUCACCAUUUAUCAGAGCAGCACAGAAGUUUUUGGUCUUUUCGAUCGCAUUUGCCUUCUUUCAAAUGGGAACACGUUGUUCUUUGGGGAAACGCUGGCUUGUUUGCAGCACUUCUCAAAUGCUGGAUUUCCUUGCCCAAUUAUGCAAAGCCCUUCUGAUCACUUCCUGCGUGCAAUAAAUACGGACUUCGACCGGAUUAUUGCUAUGUGCAAAAAUUGGCAGGAUGACAAUGGGGAACUUUCAUCAGUGAAUAUGGACACUGCUGUGGCAAUACGUACCCUUGAAGCAACUUACAAAUCAUCGGCAGAUGCUGCUGCAGUUGAGACUAUGAUAUUGAAGCUUACUGAGAAGGUAUGGUUGUUAGUAAUGCUGAAAUUCUUGAUAUGUACAAUUCAUUUUAAACUUUUUAUGCCUUGUUCUCUUCAUAACCUUAUUCAUAAAUCCAAUCAGAUUUGGUGAAAAUCAAGAGGGGGC